UGGCUGUAAUGUCAUUUACUACAAAAAAAGAAAAAGAUUUUAUGUACGUGUAAUAAACUGAGUCUGAAAUUUGCCACAAACAGGUCACGUAGCCCUACAUACGAUCGGUGCUCACGAAGUAGCCCUCAGCCUCAAAUAUUGUGUAGCCUGUACUUUGAUCUUGGCAUUCAUCUUUCAAUUCCUUUUGGGAUUGUUCUGUUCUUAUUUGCCUCUUCAAUUUGUUAUAACCUUUCCCCCUGCGACCACGUCCAGGAAGGUUCUCUACAGUUCCGUGGAUUUAAAAGUUUUGUAUAUGUAGCUGUAGUACAGGAACAUCAAUGAAUUAGAGCAAUGGAGAGUGUGGUAAGGAGGUGAAGAAACGGGUCCAAGCGGGGUGGAAUAGUUGGCAGAAGGUGUCUGGUGUUCUAUGUGACAGAAGUCUCCACUAGGAUGAAGGACAAAGUUUAUAAAACAGCGGUGAGGCCGGCCAUGAUGUACGGAUUAGAGAGGGUGGCACUGAAGAAACAACAGGAAGCAGAACUGGAGGCAGCAGAAAUGAAGAUGCUGAAGUCCUCGCUUGGAGCGAACAGCUAGACUAUAACACCGAAGGUGUGCUCAAGUGCCUUUGCACAGGCAGGAUGAAGUCUUCACGGUGCCCAUCUGGGAGACCGCUGCCAUUAAAGGUGUUGUGCGUGUUCUGCUCCACCGUGUGCCUGCUCAGCGGGCCUCCCUGCUCGGAAGGAGCCAAACUUCGCUGUGGCUCGGAACUUCUCAACGACCUCCUGUUUGUGUGCGGUGAUCGAGGACUCUACUUGGGCAAAGGUACCUGGUCUGGUUACGGUUCCCGGCCCAGAGGGAAGGGAAUCGUGGACAAAUGCUGCCGGUCGAACGGGUGUGACCUCCAUCAUCUGGAGAUGUACUGCGCUAAGGCAAAGAAGCAACAACAGACGACAGCUUGGCCAAGCACAAGCACAGAACCGCUGACCACAAGACAAACUGUUGUGGCCUAUCAGUUCCAAGCAGUAUUUCAGAAAAGACUUUUGCAGCACCUGGGGCCACCCAACAGUCCAAAGAGAGAGGCCUAUAGGAACAAAACAAAACAAACAUUCCCAAAGAAAACGACAUCGCGCAGGAAGAUGAAUCGACAGCUCACAACAAGCGAGCCCCCCCACCCCAAGAUGGUCACCAAAAGGACAUCCUUUUAACCCGCUGACCUCUUCAAAUGGAGGCUCUUUCACCAUUUGAGUGAGUUUGUCUCAUGGACCCUUUUUGUAGGACUGGCCUGACUCUCAUCAGUAGAUGGUUCUUCUGGAAAACUGCUCUUGGUUUAAUAUUUUGAAUACUCAAGUUACCGAUCCGUAAUUAGUAAAGCACGAACUAGUGACUUUUACCAUACCGAAGCUCCAUAUUAAAUGUUUCCUCUACUCACGCUGCAGAGUUCAACCUUUCUUAUGGGCGUAAUAUUACAAUCAACGAUUGGUAACUUUCCAUGGGUAUUACAGAGGAUAUUUGGGAAUUUAUGCAAAUAAACAGGAACUAACUAUGAAUUUACAACAUUAAUGUUGGUUCAGUAGGGAAGUUGAAUACAGUUGGGAACCCACAGUGAAGAAAAUGAGUAUUUGAACAGCCUGCUAUAUUGCAAGUUCUCCCACUUAGAAAUCACGGAGGGGUCUGAAAUUUUCAUCGUAGGGGCAUGUCCACUGUGAGAAAACUAAUCUAAAAAGAAAAAUCCAGAAAUCACAAUGUAUGAUUUUUUUUUCAACUAUUUAUUUGUGUGAUACAGUUGGAAAUAAGUAUUUGAACACCCGAGAAAACCAAUGUUAAUAUUUGGUACAGUAGCCUUUGUUUGCUAUUACAGAGGUCAAACGUUUCCUGUAGUUGUUCACCAGGUUUGCACACACUGCAGGAGGGAUUUUGGCCCACUCCUCCACACAGAUCUUCUCGAGAUCGGACAGGUUUCUAGGCCGUCGCUGAGAAAUACAGAGUUUCAGCUCCCUCCAAAGAUUUUCUAUUGGGUUCAGGUCUGGAGACUGGCUAGGCCAUGACAGAACCUUGAUAUGCUUCUUACGGAGCCACUCUUUGGUUUUCCUGGCUGUGUGCUUCGGGUCAUUGUCGUGUUGAAAGACCCAGCCACGACCCAUCUUCACUGCUCUGACUGAGGGAAAGAGGUUGUUCCCCAAAAUCUCACAAUACAUGGCCGCGGUCAUCCUAUCCCAGUGCAGUCGUCCUUUCCCAUGUGCAGAAAAACACCCCCAAACCAUGAUGCUACGACCCCCAUGAUUCACAGUAGGGACGGUGUUUUUGGGAUGGAACUCAUCAUUUGUCUUCCUCCAAACACCGUUAGUUGAAUUAUGACCAAAAAGUUCAAUUUUGGUCUCAUCUGACCACAAAACUUUCUCCCAUGACUCCUCUGUAUCAUCCAAAUGGUCAUUGGCAAACUUAAGACGGGCCUUGACAUGUGCUGGUUUAAGCAGGGGACCCUUCUGUGCCAUGCAUGAUUUCAAACCAUGACGUCUUAGUGUAUUACCAACAGUCACCUUGGAAACGGUUCUCCCAGGCCUUUUCAGGUCAUUGACCAAGUCCUCUUGUGUCGUCCUGGGCUGAUUCCUCACCUUUUUAAGGAUCAUUGAGACCCCACUAGGUGAUAUCUUGCAAGGGGCUCCACUCCGAUUGAGAUUGACCGGCAUGUUUGGCUUCUUCCAUUUUUCUAACGAUUGCUCCAACAGGGGACCUUUUUUUCACCAAGCUACUGGGCAAUUUUUCCUUAGCCCUUUCCAGCCAUGUGGAGUUGUACAAUUUUGUCUCUGGUGUAUUUGGACAGCUCUUUGGUCUUGACCAUGUUCCAAGUUUGAGUCUUACUGAUUUUAUGGGGUGGACACAGGCGUCUUUAUGCAGCUAACAACCUCACACAGGUGCAUCUUAUAUCAGGGUAAUACAUGGAGUGUAGGUGGACUUUUAAAGGCGGACUAACAGGUCUUUGGGGGUCAGAAUUCUUGCUGAUAGACAGGUGUUCAAAUACUUAUUUGCAGCUAUGUCACACAAAUAAAUCGUUGAAAAAAAAAUCAUUGUGAUUUCUGGAUUUUUCUUUUUAGAUUAUCUGUCUCACCGUGGACAUGCACCUACGAUGAAAAUUUCCGACCACUCCACGAUUUCUAAGUGGGAGAAUUUGCAAUAUAGCAGCGUCUUCAAAUACUUUUUUUCUUUACUGAAUAUUUUUUUGCAUAAUCCUGACCAAACUCUCUUUCAAAAAGUACAGUGGUACCUUGAAUCAAGUGUGCUGCACUUUGCCAGUUUUUCCCCUAGGGUUAUUUUCAUAAUAAUAAAAAUAAUAUUUUCCAAACUUGAUUAGUUUAAAUUCCCAUGUAAAUGUCACAGAAACUGUCCCGAAUAUUUUGACCCGUGUUAACACAGCAACAGCAGUAAUAUGUUGUGCGAACUUUGCCAACAACUGCCACAUUUAAGUGGCCUUACAUGGUCUUUGGCUUUCUGUAUUUAUUGUGAUUUUAGUUUUUCAUUAGUUUGCAAAUGUUAUGAAUAAUUCUCCAGCUGCUGUUCUCGUCCUAUUCAAAUCUCUUUCUGUAUAUUUCUGGCAGCUGUACAGUAGAGCUGUUUUUUAAAUAUGUUGCAAUUGUUUAUUAUUAUUAUUAUUAUUAUUAUUACGUGCACUUUGAUAACAUUUUCUUGUAAAUUAUCUCAUUUUUAUCUUAUUUUUUGUGUAUGUAGCUGGGUUUUUUUUCUCUAUUUAGUACACCAUAUCAUGUUACUUAUCUGUGUAAUAUUUAAAAGCACUAUUUAUUUCUCUUAGACAACAUAUAGUACGACUGCUCAGAUUAAAAUAUGUUCAAUCCGA